UUGAGAAGAAGUUUAUGAGAGAGCGAGGCAAAAGACAGAUUGAAAAAUGGUUCGUAAAUUGAAGUUUCAUGAGCAAAAGCUCCUGAAAAAGGUAGAUUUUAUUAACUGGGAAGUUGAUAACAAUCUGCAUGAAGUUAAAAUAUUGCGGAGAUACCACAUCGAGAAACGAGAGGACUAUACCAAGUACAACAAGUUAAGCCGUAACAUCAGAGAAUUAGCCCAGAAAAUACGGGACCUCGAUGAGAAAGACGGCUUCAGAGCACAAAGUACAUCGCAGCUAUUGGAAAAAUUGUAUAGUGUUGGUUUGAUCCCAACCAAACAGAGUCUUGCUCUAGCCAGUGAAGUCUGUGCUUCAUCUUUCUGCAGGAGGCGACUUCCCACGGUGAUGCUGCGAUUACGCAUGGCCCAGAAUCUGAAGACUGCCAUCACCUUUAUUGAACAAGGACACAUACGUGUGGGGACGGAGAUUGUGACAGAUCCUGCCUUCAUUGUGACCAGGAAUAUGGAAGACUUUGUGACCUGGGUUGACUCGUCAAAAAUCAAACAGCAUGUCAUGAACUAUAAUGAUGAGAGAGAUGACUUUGACCUUGUGGUAUAGACCUGUUAAAAGUGUCAAGUAUUUGCCUGGUUUCUUACUUCAGAAGGCAGAGGAAGAGUCCAGAAAGAACAGGUGUCCAGGCGCAUGUGUGUGUGUGUGUCCAUUCAUGUGUGAGUGAGCUUUUGUGUAAGUGAAGAAAACUCUUUGUACAUGUCAAAUAUUUAUUGUCUGGUAAACCAUAAUUUGGAUACUCAAGUUCAGACAAUAUUUACAUGAUUUUGUCCAUGACAAAUCUUUUUUUUUUGGAAACAAUAGGUUCAAUUUUGUAAACAAUAAACUCUGUAUUUUGCCAC